AUGCCUGAAAUCGCAUUACCUCCAUUCCCACAAGACGUAACAGCCCACGCUCUUCUCGUAAUCGACUACGAACUUUCCGCAACCGAGCUUGGGUUCUGGUAUCUGAAGAAUCACGGUGCCAAUCCUGAGGCUGACGGGAUGUUCGAGAUGAGAGCCGCAACUAUGAAGCCUUCCAUGGAGGAAAAAUUGGCGGCACGAAAGAACGCGACGGACGAACACGGCAAUCUUGAUACGGUCGAGUUUAUUAAUAUUUCCAAGGACGACGGACUCGCGUAUCCCAAGCCGGUCCAUCGCACGUACCCUUCAACCACCCUUCGUGUGCGCAAGUCUCUCGAAAUCAAUAACACCGUUUUGUCGAUCUUCGAGAAGAAGCUUGGUCUUCCGCCUGGUGUACUCCUGAAUCUUCAUGCGCUGAGCGAUCCUAGCGGCUCAGAGGCUCGCUGUAUUAAGAAUUCUCCGAAGUAUGUCGACGGGGGCGCCGAAACAAAUAAGAAUGCGAAAUCGGACAAUGUCACAUUUGGAGCACAUAAAGACUUCGGAUCACUUUCCAUUUCACAUAACAGGCUGGAGGGACUACAAGUACCCCCACUGGGAAGUCUUGACUGGCAAUACGUUCGUAUAAUCCUGGACUAUGCGAUCUGUAACGUCGGGGACACUCUGACACUGCCAUUUGGUGGAAUACUCCGCUCAAAUCUGCACCGUGUUGCGGCGCACACACGUUGGUCCGUCGUGUUCUUCACGAGGCCAGGUAACGAGGUUCACCUCCAUCCUCUUACAAAUAAGAGUAAUGCGAUUAAAGCCACCGUGUCUCGUAUGUUCCCCGAAGAGCGGGCCAAGUAUGAACCAGACGCAACGGCCAUUGAGUGGUUCGCUAGACGCAUAAGGAAUCAGAGGAUUAAGAAUAGGACGGGUCCUGAAACUUGGCGAGCGAGUAGGGGGAUGGAACACAAGCCCGAGAUAAUCUGA